AUGCCGGCUGGUACUCCAUCUGGGCAAUACUCUGGUUUACAGAUUAUGAGCUGCCCAAGAGGGUCACGGCUCUUCAGAAGCCCGAGUUCAACGAGGCUGGGGGUGAUCCUCUCAUGUGGCGCUUCCCCGAGUUGGGACGAUGAGUGCUCUUUCCUCACCAACCUCAACCUGGACAUUGCUGCCCUCGGAGCACAGGGAAACUUGAGGGUUCAUGACUUUGUCAUAUCAUUUCAAGAGGACUCGGCCUCGUUCCAAGUGGUUUUUGCAUCACGGUUCAUGGAACCUUCCCCGGGGAUACGGACCGGCACUAGGCGAUCACAAAUGAAGAUGGAUCUCCCUCAGGAGGGUCUCAUGCUGGUUGUGCAUGCGGUUACGCAAUCAAUUGAGAGGAAAUUCGAGCCUGUAGAGCUUGGGAAUUGA